UCUGUUUGGACAGAAAUCACCCCUAGAGCCCGGCCGUCUGUGACCCCCCUCUGCUGGCCCACAGUUGGCUUCCUGGAAAGAGUAGCAAACGCUUGCCUGCCUUCCCUCUAGAGCAUCCUUUGGCGCCCAUGUGCUUGUAUUUCCCUUGGUGAUGAGACACUGAGAAAGUGAAAAUGUACACUGAAAACUAGGCGUUCUUCCUCCGCGCUCAGGGUGUUGCUCUCGGGGUGUUAGGCAUGUGACACGUUUAUGUUGUGCCACAGAUUAAGCGCGCUGAGUGGAAACACCGUGUCUUGGGCCUUUUUACUGCUGAGUGGAGUGCCAAGGGGAAUAGCUGGAAGUCGGCAUCGCUGGUUCACUGUGUGGUUGUAUUGAUUGACGUUCUAUAUUUAAUAAUCAAGGAAAAAUUUGAAAGAUAAGUGGGGGUGGUGGAGGAGCCUUUUCUCAAGUAGUGGAGUGAGAGCAAAAAUUCCAUAUUUUAGAAUUGCCUGUGCUUUUCCCACCCUUUCUUCUCCCAAAAGUAAAAUAGAGAUUUGUGUUCCUCAGCCUCUUCUCUCCAAACCUGUUUAUCAUCCAAAGGGUGUGGGCUAGUCUUUCUGUACCCCACCUCAUCUGUGACACAUGUCAGAAAUCUGGGAGAAAGGUUUUCUGGCAGAUUUUUCUUGGAGUUACUUUUAAUUAUUGCUCACCCGCAGGGUGAGUGACCAGCUGAACAACCAGGCCCCACUGACUUUCUGUCCAAAAUUCCACGGCUCUAAACUGACUUUCAGGAACAUGUUUUUCUCUUAAAUGCCCUGUGAGAUGAAGUACAAAGGCUCUUUUCUUUCCUCCUGUGCACUCCCUUCAAGAGAGUGGCGCUUUAGGGACGUUUCUGACCAAGGGUAAAGCAGUGUUGGCUGUUUAGCAAGAGAGCUUUGGGGGAAGGGCCUCAGGGGCUUCUUUGAAGACUUUUAUGAACUUUCUCGUUCUAAGACUUUUUGCUUGUGGACCAACCAGACUACAUGACCACAGUAUUCACUUAUUAAAAUUUCACGUAGUUAAAAGAUACUCAACCAGGAAGGUCCAGCAUCAGACACACCUCUAAUGGACCCUGAUUAGCACUCAGGGGACUUGAAGAGAAGUUUGAAUCUUCAGAGCCUAACAGUGGCAGUUCUGCCUUCUGUCCAGGGCCGGGCAUCUGUUCUUAGAGAUCAGCCUCAGCAGCCUUCUUUCCUACCGCUGAGGUCCCCAGUCUGUAGGUGAGAUGUUAAAUACCAGCCAUCUCUGUCUGUCCAGAGGAGAUUGAUGGGACACUUGACAUUUUCCACACAGAGCCAAGGCAGUCUCCGUUGUCCUGGCGGGCAUUAUGCGUUUCCAUCUUUAUGGUGGACAGUACCAUAGUAAAUCCAAUGUUCUUUUUGUAUCCUGUCUUUAAAUAUCUCAUGGGGCUGUGGAACGGGUUAGAAUGUCUGUUUGCACUGUCCUUUUCCUACCGUCUCUUCAGACUUUGGAAAUUCUGGACCGUGGGGAAGCCCCACUGAAGUCGUGCUGGUAGCGAAAGCAUUGACAUCUUGGCUAAUCACUGCUGGUGAACUGAUUCAUUAGAAGCUGUUGGGUGGCUAGGAUCCUUGCUUCUUGUUACCCUGGGAGAAAAUGAGUCAGACAACAUACCGGGGGUAGUGUUGUAAAUUUUCUUUUGUUCCCUUAACUUUUUUUUGAAGAACAUUCCUUCUUCAAAUAGGGCAGUGGUUAGAAUCAUGUGAUUGCGUAGCUAACAUGUGUCACUUUUUAUUUUAACAAGCCUUUAUCUGGAAGAAUUGCAUUCUUUUGGGGCUUUGGUAUGAGAAGAUGGUGAUGUUGCAUACCCUCUGAGGGUAUACCCUUUCUCACUAUUAGUAUCUCUACAUUUUCUUUGUGAAGUUUAAUGGCACUUCUGUGCAUAUACUUACACAGCACUGGAUGAGUUCUAGCUUUCUAGGUUGGAAAUGUUUUUUUGCUCAUCAUCGUUCUCAAGAGGGAUGAACAAGUCAGCGUAUCUGAAAUUGGAGGUGAAAUGGAGAGCUAGCAACUCUUCUAUAAAUGGGAUAUGUAACGUACACAAGUAUUUUAAAAUAUGUAAGGGUAAACUGCCAGAAUUACCUGUACAGUCUUGAAAAAAGAAGAGUUCAAAUAUAACUAUAAAUUGUAAUUGACAAUGAGUCAUUUGCUUUAGGGAGGCCAACUCUGAAAACAGCCUAGUUAUGCCCUGAUGAUACUUACGAAAACUCCUUCUAAAAGCCAGUUGGCUCGCAAAUGAACUAUAAACCUACUUGGAUAAAAUUUCCAUUUCUACUUAUUUAAAAAAUUAUCCAAUUAACAGUUGGAAAUGCCAUUCCCUAUCCACACAUAGACAAUUUUCAAAACUUAAAUAUUCGAAUGUUUCGUAGUAACAUUUGUUCUUGUAAUGCAGAGAUAAUUUGAUAUAGAAUCACUGGGUGUUGGAAAAGACAGAUCUCACACACCUCAUUAUUUAGGAAGUGGGGAAUGGAAAUAUUAAAGGUAUGUUUCCAGCAGCCAGGGGCAACUUGGCAUUUUGUUUAUGAACCGAAUACAUAUUUUAAAGCAAGUAUAAUGCUUGUGAAAAUGAAGGGAGAUCACAUACAUGGGACACCAGUUUGUUGUUGCUAUUAAUAAUAGCUGUGUUGCAGGCACCUUGAUAAAGACUUUACAUGUAUUAGCUUAUUUAUAUUUAUACAAACCAGUGAAACAGGUAUAUUUUCAUAUUAUACAUGAGGGUGCUGAAACAUAGGUAAAAUAACCUACCUUACCUUGGGUUGCCCAUCUGGGAAGUUGCAGAACUGGGAUCUGAGACAAAGGAGCCUGGAAUCUCCACCUCUUCAUCCCAAGGCAAUCAUGCCUUCGUAUAUAGUUCUGUAGAAAGCAUUUCAUAAUAUUGGAAUGAAUGAUACUGGUGUACACCCAGGUAAUGAGGCAGUAUGGUUUGACCAGUCUGUCUUUGUAAGUAUGGGCCUUCAUGAACGAUGCUGUCAAAGGAUAAGCACGCUCGGAAGUCCAGGAAUACGCCCGACAUGUGGCACUUGGUGAUCUGGAGGGAACAGCCCCUUUUCACACUAGCGUGGACACCCACUUGGCAUCCUGCGCGGGGUCUCUUCCUCCCAUCCCCACUUGCCUAUUCUUAUGCCUAAACAAAUGUAGUUGUUUGGUCCCUGUUUUUCCAUCAGGCCUGUCACAACCCAACACCAAAAAAAGUUUUUUCAAUUUAAUAAAAACACAGGCCACCAAAAUAAGUUAUUGACUGUGUGGAUAAGGGAUAGAUAUGUGGCCUUAGGUAGGAUAUGGGCAGUGUGCCUUUGUGUGUGUGUACUCUUCUUUGUGAAUUAAAUGAAUAGUUUUUUUUUUUUAUAAGGAUCAGCACAAAGCUGGUUCCAAGGCGGAGGUUAAACAUGUUCCAAAUGUCGAAUUUUUCCAAACCUCUGUUCCACUCCAUCAUCUCUAACGUCAGUGACUCCCCCGCCCCAACCCCAAUACUCCCACUCUCGUCUUUGGGUUCGUAAUUCGCUGCAACAUCUCACAGAACUCACGAACCAUACUUAGAGUUAAGUGGUUUAUUAGGGAAGUAACAGAGUACAACUCGGGAUCGAGAUCAACUUGGAAGUGACAGGAACAACUCAGGACGCAGUUCCUCAAUCAGGACAGCUUCUCCUCGCCCUCUGCCACCGGGCCCUGCUGGGGGCCUUCUUGGGCAAGUGCCGCACCUCUUAGCUCUGAGGAUCGGCAAGCCCCACCACAGCCGUCUUGCACCCUCUCUCACUGUAAUACGGAAGUAUUAAAAGUCCUCUCUCUCUCUGUCUCUCCUCUCGCUCCCUCUCUGUGUUUCCCUUCAAACCUAGUGGGAUGGCAAAACUGACCAAUCCGCUUGUCAGGGUUUGAGAAACCUUAUUUGUAUGGUCCCACCCCCAGGAGGGUGCCCUGUACCUUAUAUAUAUUAUUAGCAAGCUGUCCCCUUGGUGAGCCACAGGCACUCAUUUGCUUAGUCCCACCCAGUCAUUUGGUGGGAGCCACAAACUAUGGCUAGAAGGGCCAUAUGAAGUAAUUCACUGCACUGCAGAACUGUCUUGCAGAAGAAGCAAAAGAGGGGGGUGUGAGGAAAGCUCUCGUGGUUUCCAAAGAGUGGCUUAACUAGAGUCAAAACGAUAGCUUUGGAAGGGACGAUAGAGGUCGUUUAAUGUAUCCCAGCCUCCUGACUUCAUAGAUGAGAAAAAGUGAAGUCUAGGGAGCCAGAAGACCUCUAAAAUGGGAAACAGUAAAGCUUCAUUUAGAGCUGGAGCCUUUACUUCACAUCUAGUGUUCUUUUCUCUAUGCUGAAGGAAGCCACAUCACCACUUAGAGCAAGAACAUGGUGGCCCCAACUCCAGGGAAAUGAGUUACGCCAUUAUUUUGUCAUCUCCAAAUGUCCUCCUACUACGAACAAGAUGGAAGAUGCCUUUUGACCCACUGAUUGGUAGGGAAUGUGCCCAGACUAGAGAAAGGCAGGGUCAUUCGUGCCUUACAUUUCAGCAAUUUUCUUCCCUAGGGCUGCGCAUCCAUUGCCCAAAGAGAGGGAACCAGUUAGUAAGCAUGUAGAUUACUCAUAAAAUGAGCAAUAUUUGCUGAACCUUAGUGGAUUUUCAAUAAAUAGGCACUUUACUGUUUAAGAAAAGGUUUCCUAAUUGGGCGUAGUGUUACUUAUUUGACAGCAUUUCCAAGUAGUAAAAUCUGGUUGGUAUUUAGGAAAGUAUUAGUCUCUUUUCAUGCACUUUUGGAUGUGUUAACCCUCAUUGAUUUUAAUAUCCAACUAAUGUGGGAGAACCUUACAGUUGCCUCUGGAGGGAAAAGCUAUACUGAUGUUGCUUAUACUGACUUUCAAGUUGUUUUCUCUUUGUAGGUUUGGAAUAUGACAUGAAGCAAAAGUGCCUUUUUUGUCUGGUGGCAGACCCGUGGGUGAAAAAGUAUGACACAAGUUUGAUGUUUGUGUCUGCUUUCUCAAGGUCAAGAAAUUAUCUCCUUAGAAGACAACAGUACUAUGCAUGUUAUGAAUUGUGUCUCCUUGGGCAGUGAUAAAGAAAAUGGGAAUAUCGCCACAGCAGGUGGAUUCAUGAUUGGGCAAACGCCACCACCAGUGUCUCCUCCACCUCCUCCUCCACCCCCUCCACCUCCACCAUGUCCGUUUUCAGGAGAAGGGUUUCUUUCCUCUCCUCCUCCCCCGCCACCACCUCCACUACCUGGGGGACCUCCAGUCCCUCCUCCGCCUCCAGGACUGCCCCCACCUUCUCACGUGAACGGAUACAGUCACCUUGGGAAGAAGAAGCGGAUGAGAAGCUUUUUUUGGAAAACCAUUCCAGAGGAGCAAGUCCGUGGCAAAACCAACAUCUGGACCUUGGCAGCCAGGCAACAGCAUCACUAUCAAAUCGAUACCAAGACCAUCGAGGAGCUGUUUGGGCAGCAAGAAGACACCACCAAGUCUCCCGUUUCCAGGAGAGGAGGAGCUCUAAACUCAUCCUUCAGGGAUGCUCGAGAAGAGAUUACUAUCUUGGAUGCAAAGCGGAGCAUGAACAUUGGGAUAUUUCUUAAGCAAUUUAAGAAGUCUCCUCAGUCUGUUGUGGAAGAUAUCCAUCAAGGAAGGAGUGAGCACUAUGGAUCGGAGACCUUGCGAGAGUUGCUUAAGCUUUUGCCAGAGUCAGAAGAGGUAAAGAAAUUAAAAGCAUUCAGUAGUGAUGUGUCCAAGCUGUCGCUGGCAGACUCCUUUAUGCACUGCUUAAUUCAGGUGCCAAACUACUCACUUCGGAUUGAAGCCAUGGUGCUAAAGAAGGAAUUUUUACCUUCUUGUUCUUCUCUAUACACAGAUAUAACAAUGUUAAGAACUGCUACAAAAGAGCUGAUGUCAUGUGAGGAGCUACAUUCUAUAUUACACUUGGUGCUCCAGGCUGGGAAUAUCAUGAAUGCAGGAGGGUAUGCUGGCAAUGCAGUGGGAUUUAAACUGUCUUCUUUGCUCAAAUUGGCAGACACAAAAUCAAACAAACCUGGGAUGAAUCUUCUGCACUUUGUCGCACAGGAAGCCCAAAAGAAAGAUGUUAUUCUUCUAAACUUUUCAGAAAAAUUGCAUCACGUUCAGGAGGCUGCUAGAUUAUCUCUGGAUAACACGGAGGCAGAGCUGCACUCAAUGUUUGUCAGGACGAGAUCUCUCAAAGAAAACAUCCAGCGGGAUAGAGAACUUUGUCAGCAGAUGGAAGAAUUCCUUCAGUUUGCCGUAGAGAAGCUGACAGAACUAGAACACUGGAAACAGAGGCUCCAGGACGAGGCCCACACCCUUAUAGAUUUUUUCUGUGAAGACAAAGAAACCAUGAAGCUGGAUGAAUGUCUCCAGAUAUUUAGAGACUUUUGUACCAAAUUCAACAAGGCAGUUAAGGACAACCAGGACCGGGAGGUGCAGGAGCUGAGGCAGCAGCAGCGGCUGAGGGAGCUGGAGCAGAAGCGAAGCUCCUGGAUGGCAGGGGAUCUUGGGGGCUUUGGCCGGAGCAGCAGUGAGAAUGACGUGGAGCUGCUGACCAAGAAGGGCACAGAGGACCUACCUCCUUUCCUGCACCCGAGGCCCAUCAGCCCCUCCUACCGGCCCCCCAACACCCGCCGCUCCCGCCUCUCCCUGGGCGCCUUCGCUGACCGGGAGCUGCUGACCUUCCUGGAGAGCUCCGUCAGCAGCCCCGAGGAGCUCACCAAGUUCCACAGCCUGCCCCGGAAGAGCAACCCCCGGCAGGCCCAGCCCACAGUAGCUGGGCUGGAGGCUGGAAACCUCAGUUCCAAACUUACACACAGACCUCAGGCCUUGGAGGGCCGGGUGGAGGCCCCCAGCCCAUCUACAGUUUGGCAGAGCCAGCUUUCAGCCCCCCGGCCUGGGGGCCCUGACUCUGCCUUCCCCCGAGCAGGGCGCAGCGGAGUCAGCAUCCUCCGAAAGAGGCACAGUGAGCCUGGGGGCCUGGCUCCAAGCCGGUCCCCUCCACUCUCAGCACUGGUUCUAGGGAUUGAGGAGCAUGAGCUGGUAACGGGGCUGGCCCAGUUUGACCUCCAGGGUCCCAAGGGCCCAGAGGAGAUGUCCCAGCUGCCCCUGCAUGACGUCAGCCCUUUGAAACAGGCAUCUCUGCAGGAUGGCCACCUGCAGGCUCUCGAUACUGGCAAUCGCAGCCUGACCCCUGGGGGCAGAGGUUCCUGGGAGGGCCUUGGUCUAGCCCUGGAGGAUGACAGGGCUGCCCCUGACCAACCCAGCAGUGUGGCUCAGGUUUCUGUAGGUAGCGGUGACCCUGAGGACAAGGAUGCUGGGCCUCUGUUCUGUAUCUCGGACACCACUGACUGCUCCCUGACUCUGGACUGCUCAGAGGGGACUGAUUCCAGGCCUGGGGGCAGGGACCCAGAGGAGAGUGGGGACAGGGAUGGCUCUGUGUCCUCUGGGGCUGGGGAGACUGGGGGCAGCCAGGUCUCCUCCAACCCUGCUUCCAGCCCCCCUGAGGAGGCCCCCGCUCCAGUCUCCCAAAAGAGUGAGCCCAGCUGCAAGCAUGGCCCUCCCAGGGACAGAACCCCCAGAGGUAAAGAUGUCUUAGCCCCAAAGAGAAGCUCCCUCAAAGAGGCCUCCCCAGGGGCCCCAAAGCCCGGCAGUGCUCGGAGGAGCCCGGGGGCCAUUCCCAAGCCUGUGCGAGUCCUGCACGCCUCGGAGAACGAAAGCAUUCGGAAGGUCGUGCCCAUCUCCAAGUCAAGCGGGGGGCCUGGGGGCUGGAAAAGGCCCGAGCCAGCACCCCGGGGGGCCCCGAGCAGCACAGACACAUUGCUGUUGCGCCGGGGCUCUAUGCGAGGGACCUCGGACACCUCGCCCAGGAGGCCCGCCGCGGUGGCGGUGGCCACAACCCCGGAGGAGCAGAAGCUGCAGCGGUUCAGCAGCACCCGGCUGGGGAAGGAGCCUCCCUUGCAGCACAGAAGCUCUCUCAAGAAGCCCAGCGCCAAACCACUCAGGAACGUGCUCCGGCAGAAGCCUGAGGAAAACAAGGUCUGCCGCUCCAGUUCCCAGGGCCCUGAGAGCCCCGAAGAAGAUCCCAAGACCUCACCGGCCCCCAGCCUGCUCCGUGUCCCGGCCUCCGUCCCCAGCUUUGCCCGAAACACUGUGGCCUCCUCGUCGCGGUCCAUGAGAACAGACUCCCUUCCUGUGACCAAAGCCCCCGGCCUCACCCGGGCAGUCUCCCAGCGGCAGCUGAGGGUCAAGGGUGGCCCUGAGGACACCUUCCCCAAGGACAGCAGCACCCUGAGGCGGGCCAGUAGCACCUGCACCCCCAAGAAGUGCCCAGAGUCUGCUGAGGGGCCCAGUGCCAACACAGAGGCCCCUCUGAAGGGCAGAGCAGUCGGGAAGAGGGCCUCCCUCCAACCGAAAGGCUCAAAUCGGACCACACUGGGGAAGAUGCUGAAUCCCUUGUGGAAGUGAUGGGUCGUGUCCUCCUCUCUCACCGCCCUGGACUGGAUGGUGAGGACAGCUUCUGGGAUGAGGGCAGAAAGAGGCCAGCACUGAACGUCUUUGUUCCACACACAGCAACCCCUGGUACCACCUGCUAACAAUUGUCUGUAAGGUGCCAUCUUGGAGCCUCCUGCUGUAAAAUCUGAAUGUGCAUCCACUACUGUGCCAGGGCAGCACCCCUCGCCCGUGCCCACAGCGGGUGGCGGGUCUGAGGGUGUGUGUGAGCCCGCCCAGCCCCAGCACAAAGGUCCCAGGAAGACUUAGAGUGUAAGGACAUUCUUAUGUAACAAGUAAAAAUUUUUGGCCAGUUUUUGUAUAUCAAAGACUUAUUUUAAUAUUAUGAAAAUUAGAUGUUUUCAUUGGUUCCUUUUGCAGAGUGAUAUGCUUCCAAGGGGGGAAAAAAAAGACAGAAAAAAAAAUACCCUUUAGUUGAAGGUAUUUUUAUCUUCUUUGUUCCCUGGCCUCAGAGUCCUACCUGCCCUCACGCUGCCCAUUGCUGGCAAUUGGACUUCCCUGCAAGCCCUUGGGGGUUCUGUGGUUGGCUCUAUCUCUGUGAAGAAUCUCUGGCCUGCUCAUUUCUCCUUGUGUAACUGGGUAAAGGUUUGCACGGGACCAGGAGGGCAUGUCAGACCAUGGGGGUAGAAAUGGAAUGCUCCCUCCCGUGUGGUCGAGGCAGCACCGUGAGCAUGGGGGGCGGGUGGGCCACACGGGGUGCAUGGUGGCGUUCCAGAUGCCCAGGACCCCUAGCUGCAGGGCAGUCCUCACCUAGAGACAGGUGGUGGCCCCUGGUAGAAUGUUGGGUUUUUUGUAUUUUACAAGUGCCAUAUUUUAAUGGAAAGGUAUCCAAGGCAGUUCACCUGAGCACCUCUCUCCCAGUCCCUGUCUUCCUGUCUGUGUAUCUAUUUUAAAACUCAGAGGUGGCUGCUAUGGCUUGUGUUCGCUCUGGUUACAGGCAAGGAUAAACCCUGUCUCUCACUCAGUCUUUCUUCUCCUUCUCACCUCUCUUUGUUUUCUACCCAUCCUUUCCUUCAUCUUUUCUCAUAUGAUCUGGAGCUGGGGACUCUCUCUUUAACUGUGAUGCUUUUUAAUGUAGGGAUCUGUUCUUGGUACCAAAAAAACCAAACCCAUUGCUGUUGAGUUGAUUCUGACUCAUGGCAACCCCAUAUGUUACAAAGUACGACUGCUCCCUGGGAUUUUCUUGGACAAAAUCUUUAUGGAAGCAGAUCGCCAGGCCUUUCUUUCAGGGUGCUAUGGCAGGGGGGUUGAACUGCCAAUCUUUUGGUAAGAGAGCAAACUGUUUGCGUCACUUAGGGACCUGUUCCUUGGUAUAUAGUGGUUUUUAAAUCCUAAGACAAGCCAAAUGCAGUUUUUAAAUUAAAAAUAAAAUUACUUUUAGCUGAAUUUAUAUCAGAAAAUUUUUGGAAAGAAGUCAGGUUCCAUUCAAAAGGAAUUAUUCCUUCUGAGAAUAAUUGGUAAAUGGGAGAAAAAUUUUUUUAAGUUACCCGUUUUUUCUCACUUUGGUUCAUUUAUUGGUGAAACCUCGGUUUAGAUCCAACAGCGGUAGAUGGAUUUAAGCAAAUCUGGUGUAUUUGUGAUGCAUCCGUGUGGCCGGUGUCAUGAUUUUUCUCCUGCAGAAUGUUGCUUUCCACAUAAAUGAAUUGGAAACUUUCAGCUUCCCUAAGUCAGCUAAGUUGAAAAGGUAAAACUUUUUGGCUGAAGAAGUAAGACACCCGAUCACAAUACCUCUUGUAGAAUAGCCCUGUGUAGGUAUAUCCACUAUCUAAAGAAACCUAAGAAUUCAUAUAUUUAACCAGGCAGACAAAAACUUUUAAAACAUAGACUCCAUGAGUGGUGGGAAAUGAACGAAUGAGGUCAUAGGUUCAUGGACUUGUGGAUAGUGAAAGGGUGGGGGCCCCACUUCGUUGCUGAGGCUGUCUAACUGUGGAAAGUCAUCUAUUCUCCACAAGCCUCUCUUCCCCAGUCUACGGAAGUGGGGGCACAGCCUCAGUGAUGGCCCUUUCCAACUCCAACAGUCCUCCUCUGCCCUGGGAUCAGCUUCUCAGAACCAGCCCCCAGCGUGUUUAAAGCAAAAGCCUUACUUAAAGGCCUGCUCAGAAGAAAGCGCCUUCACAGUGGGUUGUUGCUUUAAAACCCAGUGGUCAGCUGAGUUUCCCAGAAGAGGUAUUGUACUUACCCCGUGUGCAACUUCUGUGUGUACAUCUGUGUGAGCAGGUGAUCAUUCUAUUACCUUUUAUCGGUAGUAAGCUUGGAAAAAUAAUUUAAGUAUAUAAUGGAGUAAUGUAAAUAUGUUUCUAUAUAAAUUUGUUUAAGAUGAACUGAAUGUAUUUAAUGGUCCAUUUAUAUGUUCUUUUACAUAACAUGUAGCGUAAUAAAGUUCCUGUUUACGGGAGUUGUGUUACAGCCUUGGCUUUUUCUGUUGACGUGUUUGCGUGACCCUGGCAAGCGAGUAUUUCGAUUUCCUGCACAGAGAGAAGGCAGGAUGGAUGAGAUGCAGGAGGGUUGGGAUACAGCAGUCUUGUCCUCAAAAGGAUUAAGAGCCAAAUUAGGCUCUUAGUGCCCUGUCUUCUUGGUCACACAGGACCUGCACGUUUAACUGGGGCCCUGGGAGGGGCCCUGGCGGUGGAGCAGUGGGAGUGCAGCAGGCCUCUGGCAGCCAGUCAGCCACGGUGGAAUGUUCAGCACCUCACACACACUCAUUCUCUUCCAUGUUUGGGGCCAAGCUUUGUGUAAUCUCCGUGAGGCCGGCAAGUCUGGAUCUGCUUCUGUGUGUCCUCAUGAGUUUUGGCUCAGGACACGAUUGGGAAAUCGCAGCUCACCUCUGUGGCUGGCUCAGGAAUGAGUAGAGAGGGAGGGAGGUGUCGUUUUGUUUGAAAUGCAGUGUUGGCGCUUAAAGAGACUGUUUCUUAAGAUGCAUCUCGAACGUACCUCAGGGUCUCCGUAUCAAGCUUUAGUCCUAGCUGCUCUUCUGCUGUAUUUAGAAGUGGACGAGAAGAGUAUCACGGGGUCAGUGGAUUUCCUGACACCAAAGAAUGGGCGUGUUGAUAAUGUUCGUGUGAGUUCUGCUUGUUCCCUGGACACUUAGAAUCUGGAUUUGCCCGUGUUUUAAUAAGCAAUUUGGGACACUAGACACCUCCCUAUACCUUCGACUCUGCUGUACGAGAAGUGAUCCACAGAAACACAAAAUUUCUUUUUUCCCCCAUAGUGGGUGUCUUAGUUACCUAGUGCUGCUAUAACAGAAAUACCACAAGUGGAUGGCUUGAACAGACAGAAGUUUGUUCGCUCAGAGUCUAGUAGGCUAGAAGUCCAAAUUCAGAGUGUCAGCUCCAGGGGAAGGCUUUCUCUCUCUGUUGACUCUGGAGGAAGGUCCUUGUCCUCAAUCUUCCCCUGGACCAGGAGCUUCUCAGCACAAGGACCCUGGGUCCAAAGAACAUGCUUUUCUCCUGGCACUGCUUUCUUGAAGGUAUGAGGUCCCCCUGUCUCUCUGCUUGCCUCUCAUGUGGUUCUUGUCUUUUGUUUUAUUUACAUGAUGGAUUACAUUGAUUGUUUUUCUCAUGUUGAACCAUCCCUGCAUACCUGGUAUGAAUCCUACUUGGUCAUGGUGAAUUAUUAUUAUUAUAUUUUUGAUAUGUUGUUGCAUUCUAUUGGCUAGAAUUUCGUUGAGGAUUUUUGCAUCAAAGUUCAUGAGGGAUAUAGGUCUAUAAUUUUCUUUUUUUGCUGUGUCUUUACCUGGUUUUGGUAUCAGAGAUAUGCUGGAUUCUUGAGUUUGGGAAUAUUCCAUCCUUUUCUAUGCUCUGAAAUACGAUUAGUAGUAGUGGUGUUAAUUCUUCUCUGAAAGUUUAAUAGAACUCUGCAGUGAAGCAUCCCGGCCAGGGCUUUUUUUUUUGUUGGGAGUUUUUAAAUUACCUUUUCAGUCUCUUCUUUUGUUAUGGGUCUUAGUUGUUCUACCUCUGUUUGUGUUAGGUAGGUAGGUUGUGUGUUUCUAGGAAUUCAUCCAUUUCUUCUAGGUUUUCAAAUUUGUUAGAGUACAAUUUUUCAUAAUAAUCUGAUAUGAUUCUUUUAAUUUCAGUUGGGUCUGUUGUAAUAUCACCCAUCUCAUUUCUUAUUUGAAUUAUUUCCUUCCUCUCCUGUUUUUCUUUUGUCCGUUUGGCCAGUGGUUUAUCGAUGUUGUUAACUUUUUCAUAGAACCAGCUUUUGGCCUUGUUAACUCUUUCAAUUGUUUUUCUGUUCUCUAUUUCAUUUAAUUCUGCUCUUAUUUUUAUUAUUUGCUUUCCUCUAGUGCCUGAAGGUUUCUUUUGUUGCUCUCUUUCUAUUUGUUCAAGUUGUAGGGAUAAUUCUUAGAUUUUGGCCCUUUCCUCUUUUUGGAUGUGUGCAUGUAUUGAUAUAAAUUGACCUUGGAGCACGGCUUUUGCUGUGUCCCAAAGGUUCUAAUAGGAAGUGUUUUCAUUCUCGUUAGAUUCGAUGAAUUUCUUUAUCCCAUCCUUAAUGUCUUCUAUAACUCAGUCUUUUUUGAGCAGGGUAUUGAUCAGUGUCCAAGUGUUUGAUCUCUUUUCCCUGCUUUUUCUGUUGUUGAUUUCUACUUUUGUGGUCUUAUGGUCAGAGAAAAUGCUUUGUAAUAUUCCUGUGUUUUGGAUUCUGUUGAGGUUUGCUUUAUGACCCAAUAUGUGCUCUAUUGUAGAGAGUGUUCCAUGUGCACUAGAAAAGAAAGUAUACGUGGCUGCUGUUGGAUGGAGUGUUCUGUGUAUGUCUCUAAGGUCAAGUUGGUUGAUUAUGGCAUUUAGAUCUUCCGUGUCUUUACUGAGCUUCUUUCUGGAUGUUCUGUCUUUCACAGAAACUGGUGUUUGAAGUCUUCUACUAUAAUUGUGGAGCUAUCUCACUUUUCAAUGCAGAUUUUUUCAUGUAUCUUGCAGCCCUGUCAUUGGGUACAUAAAUAUUUAAUAGGGUUAUAUCCUCUGGGCAUAUUGUCCCUUUAAUCAAUAUAUAGUGUCCUUCCUUAUCCUUUGUGGUGGAUUUAACUUUAAAGUCUAUUUCGUCAGAAAUUAAUAUUGCCACUCCUGCUGUUUUUUUAUUGUUGUUUGUUUGAUAUAUAUAUUUUUCCAUCCUUUGAGUUUUAGUUUGUGUCUCUAAGUCUAAGGUGUGUCUCUUGUAGGCAGCAUAUAGACAGAUCGUGUUUUUUUUAAUCCAUUCUGCCAUUCUCUGUCUCUUUAUCGGUGCAUUUACCCAUUAACAUUCAACGUAAUUAAGGAUAGGUAUGGGUUUUUAUGAGUUUAGUGCUGUCAUUUUGAUGUCUUUUUUUGGUGUGUUGUUGACAGUUUCUUUUUCCCACUUAAUUUUUUGUGUUGAGUAGUUUACCUUCAUAUAUUGUCUUUUCCUCUUAUUCAUUGUUGUUGAUUUUGUUUCUGCUGAGUCUCUAUUUUUUUCUUGUGUUUUAUUUUGAUGAGUAGGAUAGUUAGUCUCCUUUGUGGUUACCGUAAUAUUUACCCCUAUUUUUCUAAAUUUAAACCUAACUUUUAUUUCUUUGUAUUGCCUUGUCUUCCUCUCCAUAUGAAAGAUUUAUGACUACAUUUCUUAGUCCCUCUUUAUUAUUUUAAUGUGGUCUUCUUUUACAUAAUGACAUCACUGUUUCCCUGUUUCGAGUGUUUUUUUAUCUUGAUUUAUUUUUGUGAUUUCUCUGGGUUGACAUCUGAUUGCUCUGUCCAGUGUUCUAGUCUUGGGUUGAUACCUGAUAUUAUUGAUUUUCUCACCAAAGAACUCCCUUUAGUAUUUUUUGUAGUUUUGGUUUGGUUUUUAUGAACCCCCUAAACUUCUGUUUAUCGGGAAAUGUCCUAAUUUCACCUUCAUAUUUGAGAGACAGUUUCGCUGGAUAUAUGAUUCUUGGCUGGCAAUUUUUUCCUUCAAUGCUUUACAUAAGUCAUCCCAUUGCCUUCUUGCCUGCGUGGUUUCUGCCAAGUAGUCCGAGCUUAUUCUUAUUGACUGUCCUUUGUAGGUGACUUUUCAUUUAUCCCUAGAUGCUCUUAAAAUUCUCUAUCUUUCGUUUUGGCAAGUUAGAUUAUAAUAUGUCUUGGUGACUUUAUGUUAAAAUCUACCUUAUGUGGAGUUCAAUGAGCAUCUUGGAUUGAUAUCUUCUCAUCUUUUACAAUAUCAGGGAAGUUUUCUGCCAACAAAUCUUCAACAAUUCUCUCUGUAUUUUCUGUUAUCCAUCCCUGUUCUGGUACUCCAAUCACUCGUAGGUUAUUCCUCUUGAUAGAGUCCCACAUGAUUCUUAAGAUUUCUUCAUUUCUUAAAAUCAUUUUAUCUGAUUUUUCUUCAAAUAUAUUGGUACCAAGUGCUUUAUCUUCAAGCUCACCAGUUUUGCUUUCCACUUGCUCAAUUCUGCUUGUCUGACUUUCUAUGGAGUUGUCUAAUUCUGUAAUUUGAUUGUUAAUCUUCUGAAUUUCUGAUUGCUGUCUCUCUAUGAAUUCUUGCAGCUCAUUAAAAUUUUCAUUAUGUUCUUGAAGAACCUUUUUAAUUUCUUCAACUGUUUUAUCUGUGUGUUCCUUGGCUUGGUCUACGUAUUGCCUGAUCUCAUUCCUGAUGUCUUGAAGAGUUCUGUAUAUUAAUCUUUUGAAUUCUGCAUCUGGUAAUUCCAAGAAGGCACCUUCAUCCAGAAGAUCCUUUGAUUGUUUUGAGAACUUGUUGAAGCAAUCAUGGUCUGUUUCUUUAUGUGACUUGAUAUUGACUCUUGUCUCCAAGUCAUCUAUAAGUUAUUGUAUUAGUUUAUUUUAUGUUUGCUUAAUGUAUCAUAGCCUCUUGCUAUGGUUUGUUUUGAUAUGCCCAAAUGGGUUGCUUGAGUGAGCUAGCUUGAUUAUUUUUGUCUCUGGGACUCUGAUGUCUUGCCACCAGAUGGCUAGAGCUGUUAUCAGGUAUAUGCGCUUAUGAGUCCAUUCAUUUUUCUUGUCUGGGUUCAGCUCAGGUGUCCAGGUAGCUGGUCAUCAAGUGCGUGGUACAGGCUCUGUCCUACAGUCUUAGAGGGGCGGGGUGAUUGGUGUAGGUACCAGUAUCUGGUCGCAGCAGGAGGUCAUGCUCUGAACAAGGCAGGGGGCUGAGAACUGUCCUCCGAGUGUCUCUGAGGAAAGUGUAUCCCUGUUCCCUAGAUCGUACAGGUGGGUGGGUUCUGUAGACAGUCCAUGGGCACCCAAUGCUUUUGAUUGUAAGGUCUGGGAAGUACCGGUUAUCCUUGGAACCCUGUCCUGGGUGGCUAGGUGACCUGAGUGGAGCCACCAGUCCUUAGGCCCCUAAUGUGGGUAGGUGAGGACCCUGUUUAAUAGGCAAAGCCGUUUCAAAUAUCAAACACCCACCUCUCCACCACACAGCUGAAACAGUUGUAGUCUGCCAGCAAGGGCCUAUUCUCCUGAAAUAUGCCCUUGUGGGUCCAUGCAGGGGUUAAACGUAUUCAAAGUCCAUGGACUGCUUAUGCCUGGACAAGAGCUGCUUCUGUCCUGAGCCCCCCAAGUUAGUGGAACUGGCAAAUUAUCUCUUACCCCUGUUGUGAAUUUAUUCCUUCUCCAAGUCCAAGAGCAUGGCUGAGGGCACUCAAAUGGGACUAUGUCAGGCCCAGGGAAAUCAAUAGCCACUGAAGCUGGCUUGGGGCGGGGAUCAUGGUGAAAUAUAUAUGUAAGUACUUAGCUUUUGCUGAGAACACCGUUCUCUGCUUCCGGAGUUGUGAGUGGGCUGUGUAGCUGGCUGAUUCUCCCUGAGAAAACUGCGGUCGAAAGCUACCACCAGCCCACCACAGCGCUUCCAGGAAUGGUGCCUGAGGGAUACCAGUGAUUCAGGUCUGGCAAUUCCUGUCCACUUCUGAACGGUCUCUCUCUCCCCCUGCCACUCAGUCUGUUUUCUAAGUUUGCCUUUGAUGUUCAAGGCUCCUAGCUUGUAAUAAAUAUAAUUGCUUCACUUGAUUUUUUGGGUCUUUGUUGUAAGAGGGGUCACUGGAAGCAUCUGGCUAUUCCACCAUCUUGGCCCCGCCUCACCUUAAGAUCUUAUUUAUGUUUUAUGGUAAGAGGCUCUGGGAUAGCUUGGUAGAACUAUUAAUUCAGAUUCCAAGGUUGUACAAAUUCAUGAACUUAUGCCUCUAAGAGUACAACACCUUUUCCCUACCCGCUUCUAUCUGCU